AACCCCAACAGACCCGUCACACUGACCCACUCCUCUGAUUCUGUCCCUUCUCCACCUGCUCGUCGCUCUCAUCCCUCCCUGGAGCUCUCAGGGGCCUUCACCCUCCAUGGAGAGCAAGGAGAGGGACGCCAGACCCUCGCUCAGGAGCCCUGCCUCACUCCUGGGAACCUGAGGGAGGGUCCUUUGCACGCACAGAGCUUCCAUGAUGCCUCAACACUCACAGAUCUGUGCUCCAGUGUGGAUUUGCCAGAGGUGGAGAUUGUCAGCUUGUUGACAGAGGAGUUGCCCAAAUACACUCUGCGGGCAGACCACGUGUUUGGGUACGAGCACGAUGACUGGCUGCACACACCCCUGCUGCCACCAGAGGCCGCUCUCGGACUUACACACGAGCAGAUCGACGAGACUCUCAAGUACUUCCUGAUGUGCUCAGAGAGAGUUGGUCAGAUCACGAAGACAUAUCAUGAUAUCGAGGCAGUUACACAUUUGCUUGAGGAGAAAGAGAGGGAUCUGGAAUUGGCAGCCCGGAUUGGCCAAUCGCUGCUCAAUCAAAAUAAAGAACUGACUGAACGCAACAAACUACUGGACGAACAGCUGGAAAUUGCCCAGGAAGAGGUAGCACAGCUGCGUCAUGAGCUCUCUAUGAGAGAUGAUCUCCUGCACUUUUAUGCCAGCACUGAAGAUCUCGAGCAUGCCACAGAAUCAGUACUUCGAAAUGAUAUACAGAUACGGAGUGAUUCAUCAACAUGUCUCAGCAGCUAUGUCAAUUAUGACUUUCUGCAACAGAAACUCAAGGGUUUGGAGGACGAGAACUUCAACUUGCGCUCAGAGGCUGAUGAGUUAACAUUUGAGACCAGCAAUUAUGAGGAACAAGAACAACGGCUUAUGAUGGUGUGUGUGGAUGAGCUCUCGACUGUGAAUAAGCAGGUCGGAUCACUGUCGGAAGAGUUGGCACGAAGAGUGGAAGAUUCUUUAAGGCAACAAGAGGAGAUUAGUGUUCUUCUGGGACAGAUUGUCGACCUGGAACAGCGCUGCAAAGGGCUCACCUCUGAGAACGAGGAGCUGACCCAACAUCUGAACGCCUCACGAGAAAUACAGUCACAGCUUAAAACAGAGCUGAAGGAACUGCAGGAGAGAUAUUCUGAAUGUGAGGAUAUGUUACACGAAGCAAGGGAAGAUAUAAAGAACCUGCGUAAUAAGAGUCUUCCUAACAGCACGGUGCAGCGUUACAGCACCCUGGCUGCCAUCUUCCCGAUGGACUCACUUGCAGCUGAGAUCGAAGGAACCUUCCGGAAAGGCCUCGACAGCCCGGCACCCACUGAAUACAAGAAUCACCCAUUGCGUGUGUUUGAGACUGUGAAAGUAGCCAAUCAGGUGACUCGGCUGCGUUCUCAAAGCCAGUCUCCUAUGGUCCCGGGUUCGAGUCCUGCAUCAUUGCGCUCAAGUCGAAUCAGUACGCCGCGUACCAGUUAUCACGAAUCAUACUCUGCCAGUGUCAACCUAGAAGAUAAACACUCUCCUCCGAAACACACAGAGGAUCAUGGAUUGCAGGAGUUAAAGCGUAUGGGCGAGCCUGGGACACCGGGCGGGCAGGAUCUAGAGGCAGCGCUGCGGUCUCUUUCAGAGCGUCAGGAGAGCCACACGUCAGAGCGGCCGUUCUUCGAGGUGGAGAGAGAGAGGAAACUGCGCGCCCUGCAGAGCAGAAGCAGUGGAGGUGGAUCCAGUGGAUUCCUGACGCCCAAUGACAGCGUCAUUUCCACAGGAACCAAUUACUCUGGUAGCUCUACACACUCGUCUGGAUCAGGAUCCUCCCGCUCGUACCUGCCUGAACGUCUGCAGAUAGUUAAGCCACUGGAGGGUUCAGUCACUCUGCACCAAUGGCAACAACUUGCGAAGCCCAAUCUUGGAGGCAUCCUUCAGCCACGGCCCGGCGUCCUCACCAAAGACUUCAGAGAGCUGGACAUAGAUCUUCAGCAUGUCUACAGCCUCAAUGACCUGGAGGAGGAUGAGCCGGAUCCGUCCAAAUUCCCAAACCUCCUUCAUGGCACUGUUGUCACUUCAUCCGGACCUAACAUCCCUCACAACUGUCUCACACACCCCACCAGUAGCUGUCAGAUCCUUCAUCCCUCUGUUCUCCUGUCCUCCUUCUCCAACAGCGUUCGGACCCGCAGUGCGUCCGCUUGUGGGAGCUGUGAGCACACGAUGACUUCAUCAGGCCUCCAGCGGGUCUCUGGGUCCCCAGCGCACGUCCACCCAUCUGCCAACCCUUCAUCCCUCGGCCUGCUGCAGCUGGUUUCAGAGCACGGGAUCUCAGCUUCCACCCGACCCAUCUCUCCUCUCACUCAGAAAGCCCUGGCCGCUCACACUACAACCUCAGACUUUGGUAGUACUGAACAAAGAAACAGAGAGCAGACGCAUCAGAGCAUUUUCAGCCUCAAUCUUGUGGAAAAACUCAGAAGUCUGGGCCUCUAUAAAGUGGUGGCACGAGGCUUGGUGGAUUUUAGUAGGAAAGAGAUGCCGGACUCAAAUAACAGUCACGCGUGAAGCUCGCAGAGCAUUAAAAGAGGCAUUCUGCACAUCAUCUUCAUUUUGGCACGCAGCUGAUUUAUUCCCAUUUAUUAUGGGGCAUUGUUUAAAGCCAUAUUGACUGAAAGACAUAUGGAGUUGUUUGCAUCUUUAGGGAUGAUGUUUUAUUUAAUGUUUGUGGCACUGGUUUUAAGUAAACAAUAUAGACUAAACCAGAAAGUCAAAUACAUUCGUUUUUUGUACAAUUGUGUUCACAGGGUGUCUCUACAGAAGGGAAUUGCUGUACAUUUUUUAAACAUGUCCUCUGUUGUAGAGAAUCUGUGUCACCAUCUUUCUUGGAAUCACUGUGUUUUAAUAUGUGGAAAAUGUUGUUUUGUAGCAACACUACAGAAAAACGCACUUUAUCUGACUUCUGUUUUGCUUGCUGCCAACCAAGCAUCAGAAAAGUGUGAAGUGCGCACCGUUUCCUGAGAAAUGUUGGUUGAUAGCAGCACUUUUCUGAACGUUCAAAUCUUCUUUUAUUCCCAGAGAAUGCAUGGUACAUUAUGUGAGGUUAUGUAGUGUAUGUGCAACGUGUACGCUGUAAAAACGACAAACUCUUGUUUGGGAAACAUUUUACAGUCCGGUCCGGUUUUUCUUUUAAAUGUGUUUUAAUUCAAGAACAUCUCCUGUGAUGACACCGCUGUACAUGCACUUUCAUUCAAAUGUAUGUAAACUCAUUUAAAUAUCACACAAACACAUUUUCACCAGUACGUUGAUGAUUGUUUUGUCAGAAUCGGGGAUGCAAAAAUACAGUAAGUUAAUGAACAGUGAUGCAGUGGCCGAGAGACACGAACACAUGAUUUUCAGUUGAUUAUACAGUAUAUACAUUCAUCUUCAGCCAAAAUCUAUAUGUGACUGCUGUUUUAUCAACAUUUGUACUUGAAGGACGUGAGAUGAAAAUGAGAUAUUCGGUGUUGUCUGUUGAGGGCGUGUCUUAUCCAGAAUUGUAGAAAAAAUAUGUAAAGUAAAUAUUGAAAUGAAUAUAUUUAAAAUAUAAUAAGUAGUGGUAAACCACAACUGUCACACUUGUAGAAUAUGCAAAGAAUUGAUAAACACGUUGCAAGCUUGAGCAAUUGUAUUGUCACAAAGCCUUUCACUUGUUACACAUUGUAAUGAAGCCCUUAUAGGUAAAUAAACCUGGACACUGUAAAACAUUGUGUUACG